AGCGGCGGUCCUCGCGCUGGUGGGUUUAGAUCAAGACCUUUCGCACGCAGGACUCCGGCGGACAUACAGCUGUAUAUUCACACAGAUCUGAUCCCUUCUCUGGAAUAAUGAAGUCUUCAAAGCUCAAACCUCAAGCGCGCUUCGUCAACCAGGAGGAUCUGAGCGACGUGCUGUGCGAGUUCGACGCGGUGAUGGAGGACUUCACGUCGCCGGUGGAGAAGCGACACUUCAGGUACGACGAACACCUGAAGACGAUGAAGAGGAGGAGCAGCGCGAGCGUCAGCGACAGCGGCAUCAGCGACUCCGAGAGUGCAGAGUCGCUGAACAGAAACAGCUUCAGCUUCAGUGACGAGCGGCUGAACUCCCCCACCGUGUUCUCCCCCACCACCGGCACACCGCCCCUCAUGUCCCCCAAACCCAAACUCGGCGACACAAAGGACCUGGAAGACUUCAUCGCCGACCUUGACCGGACGUUAGAGAGCAUGUGACGGGGAGGCUCACAGUCGUCAUGGAGAGUAGCCAUGAGGGAGGGAGUGGACGUCUGGACCCCACCACCCCCCCAACCGAACAGAACCCCUGAGCAGCUAACGCAGAAAACCACCCAACAGGACGCAGCUGGUUGGCUCCAGCGCGGCCCGCGGCGUCCUGGAGUCGACGGAGCUCCACGUUGCGUUGAGGGGAACCUGAGGACAGGAUGUAAGGCCCCCGCUGGAACGCUGUGAGGACGUGGAAUCGAUGCUGCAAGGAGUCACUGGAACAUUUAUCGUUAUAUUCACCCCCCCCCCCCCCUCCCCCAACAGACCGGGUCACACUCCCUCAUCCAAAACUUGAGCUGGAAGAGUAUUUAAAAAUUGCUUUUUAUAAUAGAAAUAUAUUAGUAAUUUUAUAGAGCUUCUUAUUGUAAAAUUUUCUGUCUUUUUUGGGGAAAUAUAUUUUUAUAUCUUAUGUAAAUAUUAAUUGCUUCGAGUUCUAUUUGCUUUGGUAUUAAUCCAUUAUAAAAAAACAACUGGAAAGCGAUAUGUGUAUUUAAUACAGCUACUGCCUGCCGGACGCGAUAUUAAAGAAUGAAAUGUUGUUACUUUACUAAAA